GCCACCCUCCUACAACCACUGCACGAGUCCAUUCCCAACCACAUCAACAGGCCCGGCGCAAGGAACCGCAAAACUUUCAAGAUGGCUGACGUUACCGACCCCGCUGUCGCCGCUGAGAUGAAAAAGAAGAGGUCGUUCAGGACAUUUUCCUAUCGUGGCGUGGAACUGGACAAACUUUUGGAUUUGAGCAAUGAAGAGUUCGUUGACCUCGUACACGCCCGGGCUAGAAGACGUUUCCAGCGUGGUCUUAAGCGUCGCCCGAUGGGUCUCAUUAAGAAACUUCGCAAGGCUAAGAAGGAAGCACCUCCCAAUGAAAAGCCUGCUGUCGUCAAGACACAUCUACGAGAUAUGAUAAUCGUGCCGGAGAUGAUUGGGUCAGUAGUUGGCAUCUACAAUGGAAAGGUUUUCAAUUCUGUCGAAAUCAAACCUGAGAUGACUGGUCAUUAUCUCGCGGAAUUCUCUGUGUCGUACAAGCCAGUCAAGCACGGUCGUCCUGGUAUUGGUGCAACACACUCCUCCCGAUUCAUUCCUCUCAAGUAAAGCCUCUGGAUUUUGUUUACUUCCCAUCUUUCGUAGGUACUACUAUGUACUUUCUCACUCUUAUGCAUCGAAGACAAAAAUGCUAUCAUGCGCAUGCCAUGGGUGCAAACAGCG